AUGGAUUCAGACGUAGAAGACCAACAGAUUAUGGAUAAGAUUAACGCACUUUGGUCUAACCAUGGCAACGAUUUUCAUGGAACAGCCACUCUUGCUGAAUGGAUGCACUUCAUCACCACUCAAGAGAAAGAGAACAAUCUCGUUGUUCUUACAGACGAGCAAAAAAUAGCUAUUCAACCAUUUUGCAAUGCCAACCCUGAACUCGAGAUGGAACCUAAAGAUCUUGGAAAUCUCUUGCGGGUCAUCAAUAGACGCCACAACGACGCUAUUGACACUCGCUCUGCUGAUCCCUCUGCCGACAGACAUUCACCUCCACCUCUCCCUGUUUCUUCUACAAGCGCUACUCCUUUUGCAUCUAGGCAACGAUCGUCUAAUCUCCUUAAGAAUGGUCCAAGACGACUUCGCAUGACUUCACUCAACCACAGACGUACAGACUAUGAUGCUGAUAGACACCUGGAUGAAUUGAGCGACGACGACGACGACAAUGGAAGCGAAAGCCACCCCUCUGUUUCUCCAGGGUCUUUUAAUGCAAGUAGUAGUUUGCCAAAAGAUAUGGCUGUGUACCCUAACUAUUCUUCUCCAGCUGCAAUCCACCGCGGUGAACCAUCCUAUAUACGUCUUGAUCAAGAUGAUUGGGGAUUAGAUUCCGCUGCUCGACAGUAUCCUCACACUAACUUAACACGUACAAUGCAAAGAGAUCUCACACCCUCAAUGAUUAAUGGUCCAGAAAACGAAAAUCGCAUGUCGCGAUUAUAUCUGGCUGACUGCGAGCGAGAAAACAAAGAUCUUAAACGACGCCUUCAAGAAAAAGUGAGAGAAUUAGAAGAAGUAACGAGAGAUUGCGAUGACAGAAUUACACAACUUCAAAGUGACUUUGAUAAUGUCCGGCAAGAAAUGGCGAUAUACAAGGCAAGCAUCUUGGAAAGUAAGAAACUUGAACAAUACCACUUGGAUCAAAUUGCAACUCUUGAGAACAAAAAUUCUCAUUAUUUGACCACCCAAAGUAGCCAAAAGCAACUAGUACAACAAACAAAGUCCCAGCUUGAUGAAAAAUGCUCUGAAUUGGCAAAGACAAAGAAUGAGCUUGUUGAAAUACAAGAGCAGCUUAUGCGCCUAGAAACCAAGUGGAAGAAUGGACAGGAAGAAAUAAGGGCACGUAUACAAGAACGUGAAGAACUUUUAGAAAUACAAAACAGGCUAGAAAACUCGCUCGAAGAAGAAGGCUUGCUUCAAAAUAAAUAUGAUGAAGUCCAGUCUGCAAAUCAGAUGCUUAAAGAAAUCAUUGAUCGGCUCAAAUUUGACUUGGACGAAGCUAGAAACAAUGGACGUAAUACAUGUAGUCCGACACAUGUAAGAACACUCAAAUCAGAAAUGGGUGGAGAAUCACACUUCAACGACAGCAGUCAUGACAAUGACCAUGAAACCUCAGCGGCUCUAGAUGAAAUUAUGGAUACAGAAUGGCUUGCGACAGUGGAACAAGAGCGGAAUAAGUGCAAAAUGGAACUUGACGCAGUUCGGACCGAAUUUGUAAAGACUGAACGUGAAAACCAUGACUUGAAACAGAAGCUGGCAGUACUGGAAGCGCGUGAGAUUCCUGGAGUAUCUAUUGACAAAGCCAUUCAGAAAGACAAUCCUGUAAUACCGCAUUCGCAACAGCAUCAUGAGACGCGUGACCCUUGCCCUCAGUGUGCCACUUAUAAUGCCAAACUGGAAGACAAGGCAUGCAAAUUGACAGAUGAGAUUGACCACCAAACAGUUACGUUAAGAAAUAUCAUAACAAGUGUUAUGGCGCACACAGAUAUUUUUAGUCGAAAUCAAGCUCAUAGCGGGGGACGUAUAUUUGUAACCAGUACCGUACACUUUGCAGUAUAUACUCUAGCAUUGUACGGUGUGGUGCAUGCUGCGGGGUCUCUGUGCAACGUUGCUUCUUCAAAUCAUCACACGGGCUAUUACCCUGGAGGAAUUCCUCCAUUGGCAUCACGCUUUUGGUUUAUAGAAUGGCUUGCAGGGUGGAAGCAGUGGAUGCUCCUAUCACUAGAUGAGCCAUACUCACGAUUUUAACUGACAAAGCAACAAACACGUUCCAUGUUUGAGCUUUAACGAAAGUAACAAUUUUUCUUACUAAACCUAAUAGCUUAUUUCUGUAAUUCCAACUACUCUCUCUCUAUCUCUCUCUCUAUCUCUCUCUCUCUAGAAACUAAAAGGCAAAAAUAUUGUAAAUAACUUCAUGAAUUAAAAAGAAAUCUCUUAGCCAUG